AGCAAGUUAAGUAGCUAGUCGAUGGCAACGGCAAAGAGAUCUGAUUAUUUUUCCUUUUCAAUAGAUUAAUUUAUAUUUUUUUUCUUUACUUUUAAAGAAAACAGAAAAAAUUACUCGUGGUUCAGUUAACUAAAGAAUCUGCUUGAGGAUUGAUAUAUCGUUGUCAAAUAAAGCUCGCUUCUUCUGUCAAAGACAAUACGGAGACAUACACGUUCAGUUUUCAAUUAACUGAAUGAAUAAGGUGAAGGGCUCGUGAAAUUUCAACAUCUUUGAUUAGUUGGAAGUCAUGAAGCAUGAUGAACUGCGAGAUACAAUAAAGGAGGACAGAGAAAAAAUAGACAUAAAGCAGAAACUUAGGCAGUUGUUCCCCGUAGUCUUAGAGGGUUUAGAACAGAUUUUGGAUGAAUUGAAUUGUCUUCAAUCUAUAAAGAAUACUUUAAUACCGUCCUUGCAAAGAAAUACCCUUGGUGGUAAAAAUAAUCGUAGUUUAUGCGUUGUUGAAUCGCUAAAAAGUCUGCUUGGUCGUGACCUAAGAGAAAACGAGUUUAGAGAGGCAGCCUUGUUGGGAUGGUUGAUUGAGAUCUUACAAGGAUGCUUUCUUAUGGCUGACGAUAUAAUGGAUAAUUCAACUAAGCGUCGAGGACUUGAAUGUUGGUAUAGAGAAGUAGGCGUUGCCCGAGCCUUUAAUGAUUCUCAAUUACUGGAAGCUUGUAUACCUUUGCUGCUUCGAAAGUUUUACAAAAAUCAUCCUUUCUAUGUGGAACUUCUGGAGCUUUUCCGAGAGGUUACCUUUUUGACUGAGCUUGGAGAACAAAAGGAUUUAUUGUCUUCAGCUGAAGCGCGACGUGUUUUCUCAUUCGAUUUCGAGAACUAUGAUUUUAUAGUAACGUAUAAAACGGCAUUUUAUUCAUUCUAUCUGCCCGUUAAGUGCGCUCUGUUGUUGUCUGGUAAUUUAAACGAAUUUGCGGAUGCAACAACUAAGAAAUUAUCAAAGCUCCUUGGGUAUUAUUUCCAAGCCCAGGAUGAUUACUUAGACUGUUUUGGUGAUUAUGCAUCCCUGGGAAAAGUUGGGAUGGACAUUGAAGAUAAUAAAUGUACUUGGCUGGUCUGUCAAGCGCAAAUGAUAGCUAAUGCUGACCAACUAAUGUGUUUAGAGAUGCACUAUGGAAGACGAAAUCAAGAUAGCGUGUCGAAAAUUAAACAAUUAUACCGAGAGCUUGAUAUUCCCAGUAUGUAUCAAAAUUUUGUAGAAGCCAUGGUGGAGAAAAUUAUGACCGGAAUCAACGAUAUUGACGAAGAUACUGGCAUUAAGAAAAUCAUUUUCUACAAAUUUUUCAAGUUAAUUCAUAAACGAUCUCGAUGAUUUUCAUUUAUUUAAUUAUUCUGGCAUUUAUUCGUGUUUAUUGUUCGUUUUACAACAAUACAAAAAUAUUCUUAAUACUUUAGUAUCCUAAUUAGAAAAGAAACUUUGAGGAUUUAUACAAGUCAGCUUUAACCAAGUUGUAUCAAAAAGAAAC